AUAAAAAAUAUUUUAGAAUUCUAAAAUUUUAAUCGGUCUCCCUGGUUUUUCUUCCUUAAAUGGAGAAGUAAGUAUUUUAGACACCACAAGUUUUCACGUAGAUAGAUCAUACCGGAAUUACGAAAAUGAGGCAGAGCAUCCUGAUCAAUAUUUAGGUUACUCAGUCACUACGGCUAAAUCCAGAAGUGGUAAGACGUAUUACAUUGCGGGUGAACCUCGAGGAAACAAUCUAAUUGGACAGGUGUUGAUUUUUACCACUGAAAAUAACUAUCAAUCGUUGAAAGGAUCCCAAUUAGGUUCGUACUUCGGGGCAUCUGUUCUAGGGGAAGACGUAACUAAUGAUGGUAGUUAUGAUUUAUUUGUUGGUGCUCCCACAACUUCCUUAAAUCAAUAUGAUGAAGGUCAAGUAUUUUUUUAUAAGAAUUUUUUGGAUUCUAGUCAAUUUAAACCACAAAUAUUAUUAAAUGGUCAAAAACCAGGUUCUCGUUUUGGAACAACGAUGGCUAAAUUAGGUGAUAUUGAUUUGGAUGGAUAUAAAGAUGUGGCAAUUUCGGCUCCAUAUGAAGACGGUACUGGAGUGAUUUACAUUUAUAGAGGGUCCAGUAAAGGUCCAAUUUUUAAUGAACGUAUAACUCCCAGAUCAUUUACUAUUACAAACGUAAAAGGUUUUGGUCUUGGUAUAUCAAAUGGUAACGAUAUCGACAAAAAUGGACAUAAUGAUGUGGCUAUUGGAGCAUUUAAAUCUGGACAAGUAUUCAUUUUGAAAAGCAAAUCAGUUGUUACCUUAACUCCGAAGAUAACAACGGAUAUAAAAAUAAUGACUGAAGAUAUAAAAACAGUGAAUUUAACUUACUGUUUAAGUUAUAAAUACAAAUCUAAACUUUGGGAUUCUAAAGCAACACUAAAUUUUGCUAUUAACAUUUCUUUGGACUACCGUUUUGGUCUUGGGACGGGUACAUAUUUGACUAAGAGCAUAGAUUUGCCAGCUGAGAAACAAAUAUGCCAAAAUGAAGUUUUUACGCCGAGUUUGAAAACCAACACUGAUCUCAGUCCUUUUAAAAUAACAAUGAAAACUGGUACUCAAUCAACAAAGACAAUAGUUAUACAAACAGAUGAAACUCUGGAAUAUAAUAUCCCUUAUUCGCAUAACUGUGGAACUGAUAACGAAUGUACGCCACAUUUAAAUGUCGAAGCCUUCUCCAAUUUAAAUACCAUUACAUUGGGACAACAUAAAACCUUGACAAUUGAUGUUCAGGUUUCGAUUUUUAAUGAAUCUGCUUUACAAACUGAUCUAGUAAUAAAAAAAAAUGAAGAAAUUGACUUAAUAACUCUUACUGAAUGUGCUUAUAAUCGUGACGAAAUUGUAUGUCCUCUAGGUAACUCAUUUAGAAAGAACAAAACGAUAUCAGUUGGAUUUAACAUUGAAAAUAUUAAUCCAACACAAAAAUCUGUUUCUUUCUUAUUUAAAGUGGGUACGUCUGCUAAACCCGAUAAAACCAGUAAGCUGGAAACUACACUCAGUAUUCCAGUAGAGCUUGUAAACCAUCCUUUCAUUCAAGGGUCAUCUGAUCCGUCAAGUUUCGAACUAGGCAGAGAUAUCGAUAAGAUGCGUUUCACUCAGGAGUAUCUCGUUGGAAAUACUGGUCCAAGUCCACUUGAAUUGGAUGUUCACAUCUAUGUUCCUCUGUUAGAUGGAAUAUUUAGCAUUUCGGACAAACAAAUAUCUACUACCGAAAGCUCUGCGGAAUGUAUUGAAUCACCGGACGCAAGAAAAGAAUUUAAUUUCCCUACCAACUCGUCUGAUAUUGCGAAAAACAAAACAAUAGUAGUAGAUUGUAUUUCAGAAAGUUGCACCCACAUUAUUUGCAAGAAAGGUUAUUUGUUUUCAUCAAAAACUACGGAAACUGCUGUUGUCAAAAUUAAUUUUGAAGUGGAUUCAUCAGCUCUUGAAAAUCGAUUUAAAACGAAAUUGCUCAGUAAGGACGGAAUAUCUUACUUCACUUUUGCUUCAAUUCAAAAGAUAGACACUCAAUUUGCAACCAUCAUUUAUGGUCAUCCCGAUAAGUCUAUACCUAUUUGGAUAUAUGUAGUAGCUGCAUCAAUUGGUUUGCUAUUGUUGACUCUAUUGAUUUUUGGUCUUUAUAAGUUGAACUUCUUUAGUAGAAUGUACAGAGAUAAACUCAACGAAGAGAAAUUAUUAGAUGAACACGAAACAGGUCAAUCUGAAUCAAUGACAGAUGCUGUGAAAAUGUCAGAUAUAGAAAAUAAUGAAAAUUAAUAUUAAGAAUCAUUUUUUUUUACUGUCAAAAUAUAUAUUACAGGAUAUUACAUUUAAUACGUUACUCGUAAUUUUUCAGAUUAUGAGUUUUAGAUAUUUGAAUAUUUUUUGUCUAAUUUAUUUUCAUUUGUGAUAUUUAAGUGGGCACGACAAUUUUGAUUUUAUCUAAAAUAGACUGUUAAGUUACAUUUUCAGUACCACAAUCGGUGAUUAUGUGUUAGUAAAUUAUUAAUUAGUAUUAUUAUGUAUGGUAUCAGUGGUCACUGAUAUCUACUGCUUAUAAAAU